AUGAACCGCCAGUUGGAGGAAUUGAGACUCAAGAACAAGGAAGAACUAAACGCCCUGAGAGAGGAGAACCAGCGGAGGCGAGCACAAAUUGAGCAGAAUCCCCUACAAAGGGAGGAAUCUCGUAGCAAUGAAGAGGGAGGGGACGGUACCGGGCGAGACGUGUCCCGAAUACAGACCACCACCAACCAAACAGAAGCAAGGCCCAGAGCAGUCAGACGCCACCCCUUCGUGGACGGGAUCAUGGAGGUGGAACUUCCCGCGCGCUGGAAGGGGUUGACUAUGAGCCAGUACGAUGGCACUACUGAUCCGGAGGAGCACGUAGACGUCUUCACCACCCAGGUAGGAUUGUAUACUUUGGAUGACACAAUCCUCUGUCGUGUUUUCCCAACAUCCGUAAAGGGACCUGCACUCAAUUGGUUCACACGAUUACCACCCAACUCUGUCUAUUGUUUCGAUACGUUGGCCACCCGUUUUGGCAUACAGUUCGCCACCAACAAGCCACACCAUCUUACUUCUUUGGCAUUGGUGAAUAUACGACAGAAAAUGACACUAAAGCCUGGCCCUUUCGUUGACAGUCUAUGCAAGAAGCCCGUGAACAAUCUGGAUGAGCUUCGGACCAGGACCACCAAAUUCAUACAGAUGGAGGAAUUGAAAGAGUUUCACAAUACAACUCGAUCAGACGCCCAGGAGAAAAGGCACCAUGAUAGAGAGCGAAUGUUAGCAUUGCGAUCUAGCCACAGGUUCAAAGACUCUAGGCAGCCGAAAUACAAUAGAUACACGCCCCAUGUGUCCAACAAAGCCAAAAUUCUGGAGGAAGCACUAAACACCGAUCUAAUAACAGCCCCUCGAAGGGUCCCGACUCCCUUGAACGCCGAUACCACCAAGCAUUGUCGGUAUCACCGAAAUUAUGGGCACAUAACGGAAGAUUGUUUUACCUUGAAAGACAAAAUCGAGGAACUGAUACAGGUGGGACACUUGAGAAGAUUCGUGAAAUGGGAAGGCGGGGGAUUCUCUUCUAGGGGAGAAUGA